AGCUAGAUAUAAAGAUUCUCCAAGUCCCCACCAGACUCAGGAGCCCAGCUGGCUUCACCUAGUGGAUCCCGCACUGGGGCUGCAGGUGGAGCUGCCUGCCAGUCCUGCGCCCUGCGCUCGCAUUCCUCAGCCCUUGGGUGGUCGAUGGGACUGGGCGCCGUGGAGCAGGGGGUGGUGCUCGUCGGGGAGGCUCGGGCAGCACAGGAGCCCAUGGAGGGGGUGGGAGGCUCAGGCAUGGCGGGCUACAGGUCCCGAGCCCUGCCCCGUGGGAAGGCAGCUAAGGCCCGGCGAGAAAUCGAGCUCAGCGCCGGUGGGCCGGCACUGCUGGGGGACCCAGUACACCCUCCGCAGCCACUGGCCCGGGUGCUAAGUUCCCCAUUGCCCGGGGCCAGCAGGGCUGGCUGGCUGGCUGCUCCGAGUGCGGGGCCCGCCAAGCCCACACCCACCCAGAACUUCAGCUGGCCCGCAAGCGCUGCAUGCAGCCCCAAUUCCUGCUUGCGCCUCUCCCUCCACACCUCCCUGCAAGCUGAGGGAGCCGGCUCUGGCCUUGGCCAGCCCGGAAAGGGGCUCCCACAGUGCAGCAGCGGGCCGAAGGGCUCCUCAAGUGCCGCCAAAGUGGGAACCCAGGCAGAGGAGGCGCCGAGGGCAAGCGAGGGCUCUGAGGACUGCCAGCACACUGUCACCUCUCACCAUUGUCUUUAUACCAUUCCUAUGAGAGAGAUCAGCAGCUUUAUCCUGACUUACAGGCACUCCUUACAGGGCAAGUUCAUCUCCAGAGCAGAACCCUCACCCAUCAGGAGGUUGCCUUGGGAGAUAACAGUUGAUUGACAACCCAGCAUAUGCCUGCUAGAGUUUUUGGCUGCAUUUACAGCCUGUUUCUGCCCAUGAAGAAGCCAACUCGACUGCCCGGUAGAUAAGGCACCAAAAUAUCAGCUGAGGUUUCCCAAGCUCCCUGAAAUCUACAGAAGUUCGGCUCAAACCCCUAUCCCAGAUGCUGGAGAUGACCAAGUUCUCCAGAAACACGUAGCAAAUUCCAGGGUGGGAAGGAGAAUCUGAGCAAGGAGACAACGAUUACAUUCUCAUGGUCACUUGUGUCUGAGCUAGUGCUUUAUUGGAAUUAGUUUAUUCUGUUAAGAGUUUCCCAAAUGUCCUGUCUUUAUGUUACACUCACAACAAAACAGACAUAAAGCACUGGCUUAGCCUCCAGUUCCACAGGAGCCUCAUCAACCCAUGCCUUCAACUGACGCCUAAGCUGAGACUAAAGAAGAUGGUAACCAAGUGAAGAGAUGGAGGUUUGGCGUGUCCAAGCAGAGAAACUACAUGUGGAAAUGCAUCGAAGCAAGAAAGAGCAUGACAUCUUCUUAGUACUGAAAGAAAAUACGAUUGGACUUCAAAUAUUUUCUCAUUCAUGGGGUAAGAGGUGGGUGUUUCUUUACUCCUCCUUUUCAAUACAUCCCAACAAAACAUCUGUGCACUUCUUUAGACAAGACCAAAAUGCAAAUAUUUUCGUUGCUAUUCUUUGUACUAUCACCAAAUCAAAAUAGUACCUUAGUUUUGUAUAAUUCUUUACAGUGUUCAAAGCAAUUUCCACUAUCUCAUUUGAAAUUCCCAGAGGCCCCUCACCACCAAAGAUAAUCAGUGAACUAUCUUUUUCAUGGAUCCGUUUGUGGGUUUCAACAAAAAUUAACUAUAGAACUUACUGAAACAUCAAACAUUUUAAGAAAUGGGAAAUAUUAUUUUUUUAACCAAAAAGCAAAAAGAAUGGUUUUUCAGACACACUUAUUGCAUAUAGCAAAGCAGCUCAUUUGGUGGGUGGGGGUGGGGUAUGGCAUUUUUUGUCUUACAGCCAUGAGAAGCAGCAUUUUAGAAUAAUUAUUUACAAAUUUGUAAAACUUUAAAAAGAAUAGACUAUAUAACAUGUUGAAAUAGAAUCAUUGUUACACUUUGAUAAAACAUUAAACAAAACCCAGGUCUCCCUUUUCACCUUUCUAACCUCCCCUUUGGUCUGAUGACAGUCAUGGGGGUGAGGGAUUCACGGGGAUUCAGGUAGGGGCUCUGGGCCUGCCUAAGCCUUGCCAAGAAGCAGUUACCAGCUUGGCAGUGCAUACCUGAAGAAGGACAAUUGUACAUAAGGCUCUGUUGACGUGCCUGUAAAUUGUUCUGUUAGAAUUGGUCUAUUUAAAGCAAUUAUGAAUGCAUGGGUCAGUGCUAUUGGAAAAGAGCACUUUUGUACCCUUUCACAGGCCUCAGAAGCAGUGUAUUCUCCCCAUCUGACCCUCCAGAUGGUUCCAGGCCAAGCGUCUCUCAGGGAAGGCUGGUUUCUCUGAACGCCCCCUUUCUGUCUGUGUUUCUUGGUUACCAGACUUGCUUACUUUGUACUAUCCUCAGACUUCCUCUGCUUUUUUCCCUAUGGAACCUUCCCUUUCUCAAAAGUGCUCACAACCUUCUCUGUGUCUUAGUGAUCACAAGACUGAGCACAUUUCCUGUUCGCUGAAUAAGCGCUAUUCAAUACAAAUAAAUUAAAGAGGAAUAAGCAAAUUGCUUUAACGUUGUGAUUGCUCAUUAAGACUGAAAAAUACUCAAGAGCAUAGACUUGUUCCCUUAGAAAUACGAUCAACAGGUCAUUGAAAUCUUUGAACAUUAAGUAUCUGCUAUGUGUAGAAGUGUUAUAUUGACAUUGUUACUGUGGAUCUCAUUUUCUCGCUGUUUUGGUAAUUUUUACUCCACAUUCCAUUAAAAUUAUUAUUUUAAAAAAUUAACACAAAGGCUUUCCCUUCCUCUGUGAUGGGCACCAGACCAAAGUUGAUGUGCAAUAGAAAGGAAAUAUUAAUCAGAGUGCAAAGCAGUGGAAAGAUCCCCACUGCUUUGCAGAUUAGAAAUGGAUGUCAGGAAGUUUCCUGCAGGAGGCCAUGUUAUUUCUUUACUCUCUUUGUAAAGAAACAAUUUACAAAAAAUGUUGAGUCUUGCCCUAGGAGGAAGGCGGUCCUGGAGACAAUGACUUUGCCCUGAAGAAGACCAUGCUGUUGAACACCGUAUAAAUGAUGUGGCAGUGAGAGCCGUAGGCUGUGGGAUCUCAGAGCUGGCUCAGCCUCACUGCCCACCAGUCAUGGGAUCUUGGUGAAAUCACCAAUUCCUCUGAGCCCCAGUUUCCUCAUCUGUAAUGUGGAUUUCAUAAAGAUCACUUCUUGUAUUGUAAGCGUUGAAAGCAUGAAUAUACAUAUAACGUAAAUAAUUUCUCAUUGGAUAAAUCACAUGAAAAGUACUCAAUAAAUAAAACAUUAUUGUUUGUUAAUUCUUG